AAUCAAACAACCAUAACAGAAUUCAUCCUCCUAGGAUUCAGGAAUCUCCCUCAACUGCAAACCCUUCUCUUCCUGCUCUUUCUGGUAAUCUACAUUGUGACCGUGGCCAGGAACUUCCUCAUCAUAGCGGUCGUUGUGGCUGAUCAGCACCUUCACACCCCCAUGUACUUCUUCCUGGGGAACUUGUCCUUCUUAGAGACCUGCUACACCUCCACCAUACUGCCCAAAGUGCUGGCCAGUCUCCGGACUGGAGACAGAACCAUCUCAUUUAGUGGUUGCAUCGCACAAUUCUAUAUCUUUGGUUCUCUGGCAUCUACAGAAUGCCUUCUCUUAUCUGUGAUGUCUUAUGAUCGCUAUUUAGCCAUAUGCAAGCCAUUACAUUAUGCAGCGCUUAUGAACGGCAGAUUCUGCCUCCAGUUGGCAGCUUGCUCUUGGGUAAGUGGAUUUCUGGCUCCUUUGCCAUCGAUGUUACUAAUAUCACAAUUAACAUUCUGUAGCCCCAGUGAAGUUGACCAUUUCUUUUGUGAUUUAAGCCCAAUAAUAAAAUUGGCCUGCAGUGACACCUUCAUGCUGGAAAUUUAUGCUUUUGUACUCUGCUCCAUACUUACACUGCCUCCAUUUCUAUUGACACUGGUGUCUUAUGUUUCCAUCAUCACCACCAUCCUGAGAAUCCCUUCCACCACCGGGAGACAGAAGGCCUUUUCUACCUGCUCCUCUCACCUCAUUGUGGUGACAAUUUUCUAUGGGACUCUAGUCAUUGUGUAUCUGCUAUCUGACUCUGAUGCACUGAGAGAUCUGAACAAAAUAUUCUCUGUUUUCUAUGGAGUCCUGACCCCAUUGGUCAACCCCCUCAUAUACAGCCUGAGAAACAAGAAGGUGAAGGAAGCCUUGAGGAAAACUAUCAUUGGAUUUUUUUUGUCUUUUGCAAGAAAUCAGACAUUUCUAGCUAAUAUAUUCCCAUGA